GCGUUCCGAUCCUCUUCAUUCCCUGCUUUCAUGGCAUUCGCAGAGAUGCAGCCACCUCAUGCAGACAAUCUCGCACCUCUUCCUGUAUUUUCUCGGCGGAAGACACCUAGGUUACGGGGACCACGCCCAUGCAGCUGGCUUCAAACGGGGAUAGCAACAAGAGGAGAAAUUGAAGGGAAUUGGUCAUGGACACAUCGGCAGGCCGACCUGUCCAGAGUAUCAACAAUAUGCUCCCGCACCUCUAGCGACUCUACUUCAUCCAAUCAGUCCAGUAUCACUUCCUCGUCCUCGUCCAGCGCAUCGUCAUAUAAUGAUGAUACACCAAUUUCGUCAUGUGACAUAUCGUCGCGCAGACAUAAACGUCGCUCUCAACGGCAGAGACCAUCUGGUCCGCGCCCUCCCUCCCGUCCACAUUCCCCCAGUUCCCCCAUGCGACCCCUACUUUCUAUCAAUACGUCAUUAUCAGCCCCCGUUCCCCUUGAGGACCCUGUCCUUCCGCUGCCCCUGGCAGAGUUCCCACAUAUAGCACCGACUGAACCUACGACACCCGCACCUCUGUUACCCCCAGCGAUUACGUUUUCACCUUCAGAUUUACUUGAUUGGGACGCAAUAUUUGAGGUAUUGGCUUUGGAAAGCAUACCAUAGUUUGAGCUUGGAG